CUUUUUCUGUCCCUGUCUCUCGCUUUUUUCUUCUUCUUCUUCUUCUUCUUCUUCUUUCUUCGAUCUGAAACCCCACCGCACUCAAACCUGUGGCUUUCAACAGUGUCGGAGAUCAGAACCUUCUAAAGCGCGAGAGUACGAUCGCGUUAUCAUUUCUCUCUCUCUUGAAGAAACGCGAAAGUUUUUCCCGGUUUUUUUCCUCUCGCUCUCUCGCUAGGGUUUCCGUGAAUCCUUUAGAGCCAUCUUCGUCGCAGCCUCUCAGGUUGUGUCAGGUUGUUUGAAUGAUUGUGCAACACCAGUUGGACUAUGACUUCAAGUAUGUUGGGUGGGGAGAGAAGGUGGGCUCCGGCGUCUACCAGAAGAAGUGGCAUGACUGUUUUAGGGAAAGUUGUUGUUCCAAAACCCUUUAACUUACCAAGUCAAAGGUUAGAAAAUCAUGGUCUGGACCCCAGUGUGGAAAUUGUUCCCAAGGGUACCCAUAGCUGGGGCAGUAGAUCAUCUUCUUCCACCUCAAAUGCAUGGAGUUCUUCAAUGCUUUCUCCAAGAAACGAUGGUGGACCUGGUUCACCUAGCUAUCUUAGUGGCCGUCCUUCAUCUGGUGGAAGCGGCACACGACCAUCAACUGCCAGUAGCGAUAGAGCUCAUGAACCUACUGCUAGUGCAUGGGGGCCAAACUCUAGGCCCUCAUCAGCUUCUGGCGCAUUGACAUCUAAUCAGACAUCCCUGACAUCAUUGCGUCCUCGCAGUGCAGAAACUAGACCUGGUAGCUCACAGUUAUCCCGGUUUGCUGAACCAUUGCCUGAAAAUCCAGGGGCAUGGGGUGCUGCUGGGACUGCAGAGAAACUGGGAGUAACAGCAGCCAAAAAUGAUGGGUUUUCUCUGACUUCUGGAGAUUUUCCAACACUUGGUUCGGAGAAAGAUAAUUCUGGAAAGAAUGAAUCACAAGACCACAGUUCUCAUGGUCGUCCUGGCUCGUUUUCUGGUGAAGUAGGGCCCCCAAAAGAGAGGAAUGGGACUUCUGUAGUUGGUGAUGUUUCUGUAAAUGUAGAUGUGAAAAUUGGUAAUAAUUCUUGGAGAAGAGAUAGCCCUCCUUACGGUGAAGAUGGAGUCACGUCCAGCGUGGAGAGGUGGCAGGGCAAUCCCCAACCAUACCCUAAUCCUAGUAUUCCUCCUCAACAUUAUGAAGCUUGGCAUGGUCCUCCAGUAACUAAUCCUCCAAGUGGUGUUUGGUUCAGACCUCCAGGAGGUCCUCCAUAUGGAGCUCCUGUUGCUCCUGGUGGCUUUCCCAUGGAACCAUAUUCUUAUUAUCGUCCACAUAUCCCACCUGCUCUUGCCAAUCCACAGCCAGGUCCCCCACCAGGGAGCAGACCAAGGGGACACCAUCCUAAAAAUGGGGACAUGUACAGACCUCAUAUGCCUGAUGCGUACAUUCGCCCAGGGAUGCCAAUUAGGCCUGGGUUUUACCCUGGUCCAGUGGCAUAUGAGGGCUAUUACGGUGGUCCGAUGGGUUAUUGCAGUUCAAAUGAACGAGAUGUUCCAUUUAUGGGAAUGGCACCUGGCACACCUGUUUAUAACAGGUACCCAAGCCAAAAUGGUCCUGAGCCUGGCAAUUCCCAGGGAAGAUCUGGUGGAUAUGGCUCUACUGGCAAAACAUUGGUUUCAGACCAUGUGGAAUCUGGUCAUCCUCAUGAUACUCAAGGACCAUACAAAGUUCUUCUAAAGCAACAGAAUGGUUGGGAUGGAAAGAAUGAAGAAAAAAAAUGGGAGGAUACUACAACCAAUGCCACAUAUGUCGAGAAGGGGGAUCAAGCGGAAAUCUCUUCAUGGGAGAAUGACUGGAGGUCGGAUUACAGAAACAAUGGGGAGAUGGGUUUAAGAAGGAUGGCUCCCGGUCAAGAAAUUUCUAGUCAGACUUAUGACGACCAACAGUCUUAUUCUUCUUCCCCUGUCAAAGUCAAGUCUCCUGAAACUGUGGGAAAUAUGAAGGUGUUUGAUGACAGUUCAGCAAGGAAUUCGGAACGUGCAUCCUCUGGUUUACCAGAGGUUCAAGGACCUGUUUCAGCUGUUCCUAAAGAUUCAACUUUGAUUCGGAAGAUUGAGGGAUUAAAUGCAAAAGUCCGGGCUUCUGAUGGACAUGAUAUUACCUCCAUUACUGGUUGGGAGGAACAAAAGAAUAAAAUUCAUGUUCAUAAUGCCAAGGUUAACCAUUCUGCAAAUGAAGGCGGUAGUGGUUUUGUGCAUACCGCUGGAAUUAAGAAUCGUGCCUCCCAUGAAAUGGGUGUUUCUGCUGGAGAUAAGAGCCUUGAAUCUACAGUUGCUGGUGGAGCAACCAUCUCCAGGAGAUCUACACAUGGCAUGCAAGGCAGAGCUGGUAAUCGUGGUAAAGGAGGGAUCAAUAGCGAAGAGGCUGAUGCUUGGCAUAAACAAAUUCCCGCCUCAGAUUCUCCCAGUGUUGUAUCAACUGCACGCAUCCUAACUAAUUCUAAUGUUCAUGUGCAUGACCGCCACAAAUCUGUUGAGGCUUCUGAAAAGUCUGGGCCAUAUCCUCAAGCAAGGGAAGAGAAAGAAUCUGCUCCCCCUGUGUGUGAUCCAAGUGAUUAUCAGGCACAGCGUACGAAGUCGAGAGAUUAUGAGCAACGUGCCAAACAACUAAGGGAGGAGGAGGAAGAACGGACAAGAAAGCAAAAGGCCAAGGCUAGAGCAAAACUGGAAGAGUUGAAUAGGCGUAAAACAUCAAUUGAAGGUUCAAUGCAUAAGUCAGAAAAUGCUUCAAGUGUUGCUAUCCAGAAUAAGCAAGAAUUGAAUGUAGAUCCUCACAUUAGGGAGGGCAACACCAGUAAAGAUGAACAAUCACCCGUUUUGUCCAAUGAACUACCUCCAGAGAAACCUAUGAGUGCCAAUGAGGAACCUAUAGUGCACAAUCAUUCUGUGUCCUUGCAGCAGGAUGCUGAUGGUGCUGAUGUUGCAUAUCGUACUAAAGCUCCCCACAUUCAUGAUGGUAAUGCCUCAAAGCAUAAGCAUAUGGGCUACAAACAAAAGCAGAAUCUUCUAUCAGAGAAGAGUUCUAAUGAAAAGUCUACUUUCACCAGUACUAAUGAAGCACCAAAUAGUCACGCUGAUGCAGCGCGUAAGGUCACCAUAUCAAUUGGGGGGUUUACCAAUGAAAUUGCCUUGAACUGCGGGUCAAGCCUUUCUGUGAAUGCAAAUGCAAAUGCAGUGGCUGAGUCCGCAUGCUUGCCUGUGAAUGUAAAUUCAGUGGCUGAGUCCUCAAGCUUUCCUGUGAAUUCAAAUGCGGCUGAGUCCUCACGCAUGCCUUUGAAUUCAAAUGCAGCGGCUGAGUCCUCCAUACAUCAGAGAAAGAAGAACAGGAUUGGCAAGAACAAGCACAAAGUGGAGGCUGCAUCAUCUAUGGCUGCUUUACCAUCGUCAGAAUCAAAAGAAACAAAUCUUGUGAAUGCCUCUCUUGAAAGUGGUAAGCCCAAGACUUCUGAGACUGAAUUGGAUCCUAACUUGAUUCAAUCAGUAACAAUUUCCGAAGAUGCAAGUCAGUUAUUGGAGCAUCACUCAUCAUUACCCAGCGAGGAUUCUCAUGGUAGAGUGAAUAACAGCCAGUGGAAAUCUCAGCAUUCUCGCAGGAUGUCAAGAAACCCACAAGUUAAUAGAUCAGCAGAGAAAUUCCACAGUGAUGUUAUUUGGGCACCUGUACGUUCACAGAACAAAGUUGACAGUGAUGAAGCCAGUCAGAAAAUUGUGGAUGAAGCCAUUACUCCAUCAGUGAAGAGUGAUCAUCAAGUGCAGAGUAAUCCCAAAAAUAAGAGGGCAGAAAUUGAGAGAUAUGUACCAAAGCCUGUAGCAAAGGAAAUGGCUCAGCAAGGAAGCAUUCAACAACCAGUGGCAUCUUCAAUCAAUCAGACUACAUCAGAUGAGACUGUUGGGAGUGCAGAUUCCAGUUCUCAAGGCACUGAAAGUACUGAACCUGCUGGCUCGGGUACUGGAAAAGCGGGGCUUGCCUUGGAGCCCAGGAAUGUGGAUGGUAAGCAGAAUAAGCAGGGAAAAACACAUGGAUCAUGGCGGCAACGGGGUUCAACAGAAUCAGUCAGUGGGCAAAGUAUGCAAGAUGGACCUUCUUCAUACCCUGUUCGGAAUGCUAAAAGAUCAAUCGAGGAUAACGAACCUCAGAAGCCUGAUGUGAGUUCAGUGAAAGAGCAACCAAAAUAUUCUGAUGAACAGAAUGCUCCUGAUGGACGGAAAGUUCCCGACAAUUCUGAUUCGGUUGCAGUUACUGUUGUAAAAGAUCAGGGGAUAACAGGCAGAGUAAAGCGGCAUCCGUUUAAGGGACAGAAAGGCAUGGGGCAUAACAGUGAUCUUGAUCAUAAGAGAAUAAACAGUGGGGAGACCAGCAAAAGUAAUACCCAAUCUUCGGCCCAUGAGAUGAGUCAAACAGACUUGCCUACUGCUUCAAAAGAAAAUCGAGGUAUUGGGGAACGUUCAACGGCUCAUUGGCAACCCAAAUAUCAGUCUUUUUCAGCCAAUAAUCAACAAGGAAGCAGAAGCAAUAGUGGUCGAAGUGUAAGUGCUGGAGUUUGGGCGAACAAAAAAGAGUAUACACCCCAGGGUGUAGUACCACAAGCACCACAACAUGACAAGAGAAUCAGUGAAGGUGUAUCUCAGACUCGCCAUGAUCAAUCUCCUUCUGAAAAAAGUGAUGCAGAAGAAGCAUUAAAUGUCGGGCAUGAAGAAGCUACAAGAGGGAGAAAAGUGGGUUCGCUCAAGGGACGGCCACCCUCCCCGAGCCAAGUUCCUGUUGGCCCAGUUGAACAUGCUCCUGCAAGUAUGGAUGUUAGACAUGAGCAACGGUCAUCAUCAGGGUACCGCAGGAGUGGAAACCAAAAUAAUACCCGUUUUGACAGAGGGCAUGAAUCUCGUGGAGAUUGGAACUCAUCUGGGCAAGAAAGCAAACAUCUUCAUGCGCCUGUAAACUGGGAAAGACAGAGACACAGUUCUCAUUUCGAGUACCAGCCAGUUGGUCCAUACAACAAUAACAAAUUGAACAAUGCCGAAGGACUUAAAGAUGGAACUCAUAGUACAGGUCCAAGGUUCAGGGAGAGGGGUCAGAAUCAGUCAAGGCGUGGCGGGGGGAACUUUUAUGGACGGCAAAGAGGCAAUGAUCGAGUAGAUACUGGUUAUGAGUAGUGAGAAUAGAAGUUCUGAAGGCAGCCGUUUUGUUUUGAUUGUAAACAAGUCCGCAAUUUGUGGUGCCUUGAUCCCGCACGUUUCCAGGGAUUGGAGCAAACUUGGUGAUGAUGGCUCGGGGGAAAUAUUCUUAGAGUUGAUGGGAAGUACUUCUAUGUGGUUAAUUUCUUCUUCUCCUAUUAUUGAAGAUGUACCUAAUCUGAACAUUGUAACUUGGUCACGGUUUGUUUGCUGUGGAACCCUUGAUAUGUUUCUUUUAAUCCUUGUAUUUAGUGACCAUUAUCCUUUUUUACUAUGGAACACCGGAGAGGAAUGAAGUGAAGUUUUCUGGUUCA